CCUCUUCUCCCUGGUCUGUCAUCCACACCGCUGUUGUUGCAGCCAUUUUACCGUGGAGCGUCGGCAACAGCGGCGACCGGAGGAUGCCGAACCAGCAGCGUUGAAAGGAUAUACAACAUGGCUGACGCGGUGCGAGGUCCCGUGGUUGGCCGUCCAUUGGCUUUUGCCAAUGAAGAGCGGCGGACGGUUCACUCCUGGGCCCGGAUCUCAUCAGCAGGGCAGAACGUCCUCCUGGAUGCUCUGAAGAUCCUCAGCCCGAUGUCCCGGGACCUCUCGAGCAGCGAGGAACUGGUCACAUUCCUGCAGGAGCUGAGAGAAGAGGGCCACAGGCCUACGGUGCUGCGCAGCAAGGACGUGUACCACUACCGCUCCUGCACCAACCAACUCCUUACUAUAGACAAGCUGAAACCGCCCAGCAGGAACGUAAGGCCCACUGCCAAGAGGAGGGCAAAGAGGCCCUCAAAUAAGAAGAGGGAUGUGCACCCAUCCUGGAACAUCUCUGGAAGGAGCAGCCCCAGAAUACAUGGGAUCCCCCCUCCAGAGCUGCUGAUGGCCAAUCGAGGCAUUAUCUGUUGCAGGACUCCCAGUCGGACAGUAGACACGUUGCAGGCCCUUCAGGUUCAGCCAUGUCUCAGACUUACCAACAUUGAAGGCUCGUCUGGCUUCCAUACUGCUAGACUCCAGAUCCACACUUCCUGGGACUCCUCCUCUGAGGUGCCCUCUGUUGCUUUUUCCCAGCAACAGCACCAUCCAACACUUUCAGGAAUACCUUUGCAGCCUUCUCAGAACGGUGGUGGGGCACCCACCAAAGCUGUGGCCUUGUUCAGCCAGAAGAGCCUGUCCUGUCCCAUCCGAUUGGAUGGGGCGCUUAUUGGUGACUCUGCACCUGUCUUUUACGCUAAUGGCAGGGCAUUCCCAGAGACUCACACAGAGCUGACCAGUAAUGGUUGGAGGAGCAACGGCAUCCAUAAGGAAGCCCGGAGCCCCAAGGAACUGAACCAUCCAACCAGGCAGAGAAAUGGCUGGAAAGACAAGAAAAGUUUUAGAUGGAGAGUGAUAAAGGUGGAUGGCUCUCGCUCUGUAGCUGAUGCCUGCAGAAAAGCACAGAAGAUUCUACAGGUCAACCUGUCGCCAGUGAUUCAGAUACAACCUCUCCAGCAUCUGAUAAGAGACUUCAGAUACCAGAAUAAGUGACAAUUCCCCCAAACCCCCAUUGUUUCCUCUAGCAGAUGUUAGUGUUUUACAUCCAUUAGCCUCUACCUGACAUGACAGAUAUCUUUCAUGGGUUUGUGAUCACUGCUCAUAGUUGGAGAUAAAGAAGUUAGUAUCUGUCUGUAGAAGUUCUGGUUUCUUACAGGGGCACUUGGGUUCAAAAGGCAUUUAAAGCUAGGUGAUGCGUUUCCCAGCAGGCUGGGAAAUGACACUCAGCCAAAUGUUGGUACAUUAUCAUGUCUACGGGAGUUUCAACCAACCAUCAUUCUGCUUUGAGUUGUCUUGCUGCUAGCUAGUGUUGCAGAUUAAUUUUGGGAGGUAGCAUCCACUGUGACUGUUAAAUCAGAUUAACUUUCUGCCCUUCCCAAAGGGACUGAGAGUGGCUAACAUCUGUUUGAAGAGUAUUUAUAACUUGUUUGAAGUAUAGAGCCAUUUCGUUAAAGUUUUUCUCGUCUUGCCUAAAACAGUGCAGACACUCUACAGUAUCCUAUUUUCUACAGAAAAGAAGUAGAGAAAAUGAAGAGUUAGUUGGGCCUUCCGGAUCCUGUUAGGCACUCAGAUGAACUGGUGGACCAAGUUUCCACAGUCUUCAGGUGAGCGGACAUGGUGGUUGGUUGGUUCCAACAAAACAAAUGAACUUAACAAAAUGAGGCAAGAAGAGAGAAAGUGUUCAGUUUGUCUUCCUGUUUUUGUAAUUUUUUUGUUGUGUUUUCACUGGAAAUCGGGAGGCUCUUGCAGCGAGCUCAGCAGGGAAUCCGACGCGCGAGCAUACUUAAAGAUAGAUGGAUCGAUAUCUGUGAGAUUUGUUUGAACGACAGUCCUUCACAAAGUGUUCCUUUUGGUUUGGUUAAUCCAUACACAAAGACAAAAACUGAGUAUUUUUGACUGUUGGGAAGUUUUCAUGUCUUACUAUGACAAACCAUGAACAAAUUAAACCUCUGAGAUGAAUCUCUAAAUGUAAAUUAAGGGAAAAGAUU